AAUAUUGAAUUCCCACUGUAUAGUCUUUUCUAAAUGCUCCGUUUGAUGCAAACGGAGCAAAGUUUAGUCGCAAAGAGAGUUACCAUUGUAAUAAUAUCGAUAUAAGAGAAUUAACUUACUGUGAGUCUUAUCAAGUCAUAAUUUAUUGAUCGAAACAAUCUUAAACAACAACCGAAGUGAUAAUUUUAACGUUAAGUGAAAACAGGUUUCAUUUUCUGAUUCGUUCGAUAUCUAAUAGUGCAGAAGAUUAUUUCUGUGCUCUUGUAUUUACACAUUUUUUUUUUUUUUUUUUUAACGUAACUCGCAUUAAUCAAACACUCUGCCUCACAACUGUUAUUUUGUAUAAUUUAGAACAAUUUUACGUAUUGCAUACGUACAUUUUUUGCGAAUCGUUCAUCGCAUCGAGAGUAUCAUGUUCGCUACUUAACGUGGUUGCUAAUCCGUACGCUUAAUUAUCCUCCCCUUUCCCCGCGACGUUUGAUGACGUUGUUUAGAGGAUUUCUAUCUCGAAUGUUGCUCGCGCAUCGAAAGUACACGCAUAUAUUGUUACGAUGUAAUAAAAUUCUAUUACUUAAGCUUUAACAUUUGAACGUGUGCACCAGUGAUCACUUCUACCUCGUUUUAUCAAUGUGCGACACGUUAGUUCAAUAUAUUAUAUAUAAUAAAGUUACAUAUAAAAUAAAAUUUAUAUAUAUAUAUAUAUUGAACAGAGAGAUAAUUGCGUAUAUAUAAAACGCGUAUACGUAAUAAUUAAUCGGUACUUCACUUAAGAUCUCUCAGAAGGAAAGACAUGUAGAGAUUUCUCGAUCACAAAAAAAAGCGAAGUAAUACGAAACUUGUGCAAUUAACAAUAUUAAUGUUUCGUGACCCGGCAGUCAUUUUUGUCGCGCGUAUGCGAAAAAAAAAAAACACCAAUGAGCUUAGCCGUUUUAGCUGUGUUUUCUCGGUCCUUUUUAAAAUCAAUGUAAUUUAACAUCGUGUGUAUAUUGAUUUGUAGUCAUAGGUGACAUCGAAGUGCUUUAUUUUAUAAUAUUAUCCAAAAACGCAACAAAUUCCAAUAUUUGUACAAUUUUAAACGACUAAGCGCACUGUAACGAACGAUAUUAAAAAGUCUUUUUAUUUUGCUAUAUAUUUAAAUAGAUAUUUUUAUUACAAUAUAUACAGUAUAUAUAUAUAUAUAUUAUACGCGAGUGUAAUCGUGAAGUGUUUAUUGCGGUAAGUCCGAACACUCUCGGUAAAAUACAUUUCAAAUCGAGAGAAAACGAAUAAACAGCAAAACAAAAUAAUAAUUGUCGCUUAAUUUUACAAGAGAAAAUAGAAUAUAGAAUAUAGAACAUAUGUUAUCGUAUAAUACAAGUUUUUGUGCUUCCAUAACACUUGGUUUAACAAAUUAUCUUAACUUCGCUUUAAUUCCGUAAACAAAUCAUCAGAAUUAAUUAUUUACAUACGUGCUCUUUUUUUUUUUAAACGCGUGUAUGUUUUAUUAUAAUUCUUUCAUUUGUUUUUAAACGUAGCUGCGUUGCAACAGAUUUUGCAUGUGUUCAUUUGCAUACACGAAUAUGUUGGUUAAGCGUCGCUCAACGAGAAAAUCGAAAAAAGUGUGAAACUCGAUAAACUUUAACAAAAAAAAGCUUGUCCAAUGCGGUCCAACGAUAUCGAGGAUCCGUAUCAACAGGUUCCGCAUCACAUCCCGGGACCUCCGCAGCUACCACCGUUGGUCAAGGGGCAAAAGAUCAAGAGCGGACCGUACACUGUCACGGUAACCGACGAGAUGGUGGCGCAAAGAGAGAAACAGAAUCUGGAGCUCUAUAAGGCGUGGGUGCGUGAGCAGCGCAGGUUGCAAAUGUUGCCAGAAGAUGAUGCCAAUGAGUACAUGGGCGAUUUCAAGGAAGCGGCGGUCAGAAGGAUCUUCAUUCGCAAAGUCUUCUGUCUGGUCACGCUACAGAUGAUAUUCACCGCCGCUGUCAUAGCCGUCUUCCUGUUCGUAGAUGAAGCGCGACUGUUCAUGAUGAUGCACUCGUAUCUGUGGAUCAUUGCCAUGAUAUUGUUCAUAGUGUCGCUUUGCACCAUGGCCUGUUCGGAGCACGCUCGCCGAACUCCACCGUACAAUUACAUCUGCCUAAUCCUACUGACAGUGGGAAUGUCUUAUCUAGCCGCCUUUGUAUCCACAAUUUAUAGCAUCGAGGUGAUCCUCAUUGUUAUGGGCAUGACCGCCGCUGUCACAACGAUAAUAGUUUUCGUAGCGACGUUCUCGAAGUUCGACUUAACAAUGAGACCGGGCUUGAUGCUGAUAGUCGGAUUGGUCGCGAUUGUGGCCAUCUUUACAGUAUUAAUAAUUCUGUUGUUCACUCACAUAAUGGUCUUGCGUCUUGUAAUCGCCAUCAUCGGUACACUACUCUUGUGCUUGUACUUGUACUUUGACACGCAGACAAUCAUGGGUGGACGGAAGAUAGAAUUGAAUCCUGACGAGGUUGUUUUCGCGGCCACGCAUCUUUACAUUGAUAUCGUACUGUUGUAUCAAUACUUAUUGAUGUUCAUGGGAUUCUUCCACGAGGGAUAACACAACUGGAUACGUUUAUACAUUAAUGUACGCAUAUAUUUUACAUUUUACAUUUGGAGGAACGCAUGUAUAUAUUACUAUAUAAAAAUAUAAAUUUUAUUUUUAUACAUUUUUCUAUAUAUAUAGUUUUUUGUAAAGAAAAUAUUUCGUCACUUCCUACGUUAUAAUAUCCCGUAACUCCAAAACACAAAUUUUAGAGAGCAGUUUAAAAGUUUCAAACUUCAUAUAGUUUCUCUAGUUAAGGGGAUCUUUCGGUUUUAAAUUUUUACCUUGCUUAUGAAUAUUUUUUUUUUUUUUU